UUGGGCCCCGCCCCUCCGCCAAAAUGGCUGCGCCCAGCUGCCACGUGGGGCCCGGGACCCGGCGGGAAGCGGCGGCGGCGGCGACGACCGGGGGGGAGGAGGAAGAGGAAGAGGAAACGGAAACGGAAGGGGAGGAGCCCGGGGUCGGGGCGCUGCGGUCCGUUUUCCCCCGCGACCCCGCGCUCUUCGCCGACGUUUUCCCGGUAGAGCGCCGGUACCGGCUCUGCGGGCACGUCCUCCGCAUCGCGCAGCACCACGGGCCGCGGCUGGGGCUGGCGGCCUCCGUCUGGGAGGCGGCCCUGUCCCUGUGCCGGUACUUGGAGGAGCAGCGCUUCGAUUUCCGGGGCCGGACGGUGAUUGAGCUGGGCGCCGGCACCGGCAUCGUCGGCAUCCUCGCUGCCUUGCUGGGAGGGGACGUCACCAUCACGGACCAACCGGCGGCGUUAGAACAAAUCCGAGAAAACGUCCGGCUGAAUUUCCCGCCGUCGGCGACGGUUCGGCCCCAGGUGCGAUCCCUCGUGUGGGGCCGGGACGAGGGCUCCUUCCCUCGGGAAUACGAGGUGAUUUUGGGGUCGGACAUCGUGUACCACCCCCCCUCCUUCCCCCCCCUCCUGGGGACCCUGCGGCACCUCUGCGGCCCCCGCUCCCUCGCCCUCCUCUGCGCCAAGAUGCGGGGGGGGGACGGCGGCUCCCGUCAUUUCUUCCGACGGAUGUUACCUCCGUAUUUUCGGGUCCAGCUGUUGCGGCGGGAGCCGGAGGAGGAGAUCGAGAUCUAUAGGGUGACCUGCAGGGGUGGGGGUGACCCUCUAGAAGAGGGGGGGGUGGGGGGGGCGCAUCCCGUCUCGGUGUCACUCGGGGAGGGGCUGUCCCCAGGCUGGGGGUGCCCUGAGGGGGAUUAA